UUACAUAAACCGAAAAUCUCGGUUUGAUCGGGUCGGUUUGAUCGGUUUCCACCGAAAUCAACAGGGCUCUCAGAUAGACUCUUUUGACUGAAAAGAAAACAAAAAUAUUUGCAUCUGAUUUACGUUGACCGUAAAAGACAAAAAAUAAAAAUAAAAAAAGUCUAGUGUCGUCGUCGUCGUCUUCGAAUUCGCCACUUCUUGUAUAUACAAAACAAAGUAAUCGCGAAAACACACAACAAUCGCUGGACUCUGCUACUGCGAAGAACAACAAAUUCCUUGUUUAUCAUGGCGAAUUCCGGCGAAGAGAAGUUGAAGCUCUACUCUUACUGGAGAAGCUCGUGUGCUCAUCGUGUCCGUAUCGCCCUCGCUUUGAAAGGGCUUGAUUAUGAGUAUAUACCAGUGAAUUUGCUCAAGGGUGAUCAAUUCGAUUCAGAUUUCAAGAAGAUCAAUCCAAUGGGAACUGUACCAGCUCUGGUGGAUGGAGAUGUUGUGAUUAAUGAUUCUUUUGCGAUAAUAAUGUAUCUGGAUGAGAAGUACCCUGAGCCACCUUUGUUACCUCGUGACCUCCAUAAACGAGCUGUGAAUUACCAGGCAAUGAGUAUUGUCUUGUCUGGCAUACAGCCUCAUCAAAAUCUGGCUGUUAUUAGGUAUAUCGAGGAAAAGAUAAAUGUGGAGGAGAAGACUGCCUGGGUUAAUAAUGCUAUCACAAAAGGAUUUACAGCUCUCGAGAAACUGUUGGUGAAUUGCGCUGGGAAACAUGCGACUGGUGAUGAAAUUUACCUGGCUGAUCUCUUUCUAGCACCACAGAUCCACGGAGCAAUCAACAGAUUCCAGAUUAACAUGGAACCGUACCCAACUCUUGCAAAAUGUUACGAAUCAUACAACGAACUGCCUGCGUUUCAAAAUGCACUACCGGAAAAGCAGCCAGAUGCUCCUUCUUCCACCAUCUGAUUCUGUGAACCCAUAAGCUACUCUCACUUUAAUAAAACCUCAGACAACAACAACAACAACAAUGAUAAUAAUAAUACCUUGUACUCAUACAUGUAUCAUAUAAACCAGUUACGUAUAUUAUACCAUCUCAAUUGGAGGUAUCUCAUAAGAGUUUCUCACAAUUAAAAAAAUAAAAAUAAUGAAAAUGAAGGAGAGAGAGUGUAGAAAGUU